AUGCCCUUCUUUAGUGAUUUCAGGAUCCAUGUUCGUUAUCCAAGCAAUAUAGAUUUGUCACCAUCAGAGAGUUCCAUGAAUUCCUCUCUCAAACUUGGAAGUGGUUCUACUUCUACGAGACAGAAUUAUGCAGGAAAACAUCCCUAUUUACAGAAUCACAUGCCUACCCAAGGUCCUGGGGGUGGUCUGCUUUCACAAAACCAGAGGACAGCAAUUCCUCAAGUAUCUUGGGUUAGUAGUGGUCAAGGUGUAACAGAUCUCCCAUUCCCAAAAAGGCUGGGAGUUGAGUUUAAUGGGAUAGAUAGCCCUCAAUCUGCUGAGAGACAAAUAAGCUUGCAGACAACUAGUGCAGGUCAAAGUCAAACACGUCAGUAUCCAGAUAAUGUUGUUCGACCUUCUAUUGCACCUGUGAUUUAUCUGAUGAAUCCUCAAGGUCCCCGUUUCAGUCAUGGCCAAUCUCAAAUGGUUGAGCUUCCUAACAAUCCUAGAGGACAAGCUCCUACAACUUCUGUUGAUGGUCUCUCUAAUAAUUCUAAGUAUUAUGCGAGACCAUAUCACAAGAGAAGUGCAGUGGCCCCACCUUUAGGCGCCCAUUGGGUUCAACGCCAGAAGAUGUCACAUCCAACAACUACUCAUCAUUCAAUGCCAAUCCGAUUCCCCACAAAACCAGCUGCUUCUGUAACAGCCAAUCUUGCUCAUCCUUCCAUACCAAUCUACCAAUCACAAUCACAGACUCAACAACCUGUUCGUGCUCUUAUGAAUCCAUCUAUACCUUACACAUGGAUUUUUUGCCUUGUGGUUCUGGAAUUGUCACUCGUCCUCUUGUUCUACUUCUUUAUAAGAUUAAAGAAGGAAAAGAAUAUGCAGAGUUUGCUCAUAUUCUAUGAAAGUGUUGCUUUAAGGAAGGAGUUUGCUGAUGCAACUGACAGAGUGACAAGUCAUACCAAACAUAUUUCAUAUGUUCCUAUCUAUCUCAGUAUCUAUUCUCCAAAUGGUUCACCAGGAGUGGGGUUCAUGCCGCAUAUCCUUGAUGUUAAAGCUGGAGAGGAUGUGUUGGGAAAAUUGAUGUGGUUUUCUCAAAACAGCACUCGAGCUGUGUGCAUUCUAUCAGCUAAUGGCGCCAUAUCUAAUGUUACACUUCAGCAGUUUGCAACAUCUGGUGGAACUGUCACAUACGAGGGACGAUUUGAGAUCUUAUCUCUUUGUGGUUCAUUUAUGGUUUGUGAGAGUGAUGGGCAAAGAAGCAGGACUGGUGGUUUAAGCGUGUCACUUUCAGGGCCAGAUGGUCGUGUUUUAGGUGGUAAUGUGGCUGGCCUUCUCACUGCUGCAUCACCCGUUCAGAUGAUUGUUGGUAGCUUUGUUCCUGCAAGUCAGAAACAAAGAAAAACAGAGGCGAAAAUAGUCAACACUACUCCCGUCAAUGUGGGGACCACAAGCGGAUCUUCAAGUGGAGGGAUCGGGAGCCCGCUAGUCCACAGUAACAACAGUAAUCCACAAGGUAUGACUAAUAUGCCUUAGAGGUAACUAAAUGUCUAAAUCCCAUUUGUUGAAAAUGUUAAUAAUAUUGUGUGCGUAUUUUUAGAAAUUAUGAGUUAAUUAUGGGUUGUUGGUUUUAUUGAAAAUGUUAAUAAUAUUGUGUGCGUAUUUUUAUAAAUUUUUAUAUAUAUGACAUGUGGUGUUCGUAUUUAAUUAUCCAAGAGUAAUAAUGU